UUCAAAAGUCAAAACAUGGAGUCGCCGUUGCCGGCUAACGCUUUAUUUGACCAAAACUUCAAUUAAAAAUAAGCAAAAAUACCUCUAUUGACGUAAAAAUUGGCAAAUAAAAAUGGAUGAAGAUCAGCAGGCUUUAGUAAGAAAUUUCGAUUCAAUUAAAGAUGAUCCAGAAACCCUACUUUCAUACGUCGAUAAGUUUGUGAAAAUCCAAGUUAUAAAAAACAGGUGUUUUACGGGCUUUCUACAUUCUAUUGAUCCUAUUAGUCUCAGUGUUAUUCUCUCAGUACCACAUGAAGGAAGUUACCGAACCACUGUUAUACCUGGGCAUGCAGUACAAGAUAUACAAGAGGAAACCCUAAGUGAUGAUAUCAAGCCACCUACUCGGAAAGCAGUAACAGAGCCAACUGAAUCUGACAAAAUCCAGCGAAAAGCUCAGCUGAUAGCCUGGUUUAAAAAGAAUUUGUUGCCAUUAACAGAAAAUGGAGAUGAUUUAAUAAUUGGGAAUGUUAGUGUGCUCCCGCCAUACGAUGUAAAAGACAUUUGUGCUGAAAAUCCGGUGGUAUUUAUGCAGUUUAGAAAACUAAUGGAAUCAAUGCCUCCUAACUUUCAAGCUUAACAUAUUACUUUGUAUAGGUAUAAUUGUUUGUAUAUAGAUAAUAAUGAUAUUUUGAAGUGAAUUUAUUGAACUAUAGAUAGAAUAAAAUCUGUUUACAUUAUGCUGUCAUGCUUAGCAAAUCUACUAUAUAUAGUGCAUGUGAAAAAUAGAUUAAAUGUGAUAUAAUUUUCACAUUACACUGGUGAAUUAUGAUUGUUAUAUCAGCAGUCCUAGGGGGUAGAGUUUAAUUUCCUAAACUUAAUAAAACAGAGCUUAAUAAAAGCGGUGGUGGCCGAGUGGAUAUGACGCCCGACUUUCAAUCCGGAGGUCGCGGGUUCAAAUCCUGGCUCGUACCAAUGAGUUUUUCGGAACUUAUGUACGAAAUAUAAUUUGAUAUUUACCACUAGCUUUUCGGUGAAGGAAAACAUCGUGAGGAAACCUGCAUACAUCUGCGAAGAAAUUCAAAGGUGUAUGUGAAGUCCCCAAUCCGCAUUGGGCUAGCGUGGGGACUAUAGCCCGAGCCCUCUCGCGCAUGAGAGGAGGCCUGUGCCCAGCAGUGGGACGUAUAUAGGCUGAAUUAUUAUUA